UAUUUUCAAUCUUUCUGAGCACUGAGGAAAACAAUUUUUGGUCUACCUGUGCCAUUUUAUCAUUCCCAUAAUUCCUUUUUGACAAGGACAACAUGCAGAGGAAACCCAUGCCCACUGGAGACGACCGGCAUCUUUUUGUUUUUGCUACUCGGGGUCUGUAGUCUUAAAAGGGCGUUGAAUAGGGUUUUAAACAUCUCUUCUUGAUGAAGAAAUAAGGAAAUUAUCAUAAAUAAUUAUGAAAAUAUUUGCAAUCAUCCUGUGUUUGUGGUUUCUUGUAAAAGCAGAUUCCAAUUCUGAAAACAUUGUCCGUUUGGUUAAUGGUAAAACUCAAGACGAAGGUUUCAUACAGAUACGAUAUAAUGACACCUGGGGCACACUGUUGGACUACAGAAACAGUGAACCUUUGAUGAACGCUUUUGUGGUAUGUCGAAUGCUGAAUUAUACCAAAGCUAUCAAAGGAGAUGCAGUUUGGUAUAAUCCAUAUGCCGCUAACAGUACAUAUUGGCCGAGAGUUUUGAGAUGUACAGGAAGAGAGGAGACUAUCCGUGAUUGUUAUACUGCUAUUCCUAUUAACAUGGAUGGUCCAGUAAAAGAUCCACCAUAUAGUGCUGUAUAUGCUGUUUGCGGGAGCCUUUCAAAAGUUGACAAGAAACUUCAAGUCCGUCUUGUUGAUACAAUUCUUAAGAAUGUUGGUAUUGUAGAAACGACAUAUGCAUGGCCAUGGCAAAAGAUCUGUAUCGCCUAUAAUUGGGUAUCUGGAAUACAGUGGUCUAGCAAAGAUGCCAAUGUUGUUUGCAAGAUGCUUGGCUACAGACGUGCUAUUGGUGGAUUUAUAUACAAAAUUUCCAUGAGAGCAGACUCUUCUAAGUCUUUAGUACAUAAUGUAGUUUCAAAACAGUAUCAUUGCACGGGCAAAGAAGCAACGAUUGCAGAGUGUGCUCAAGUAGAUCGCAAGUAUUGCAGUAAAAGCUAUUUGGAUAGAAAUUACUUUGUAGGCGCAUUCUGUGAGAACAAUGAAAUUCCUCCAAGUGUAGAGUUCCGUAUAAGUGGCUAUAAAGAGCCAAAUAUUGGUUUUCUAGAAGUAAAACAUCGAGGUGUAUGGGCAACAGUGUGCACUACCUUUUCCGAACUUAACAGAACAGCUACUGAUUUCAUUUGUCAUCAACUUGGAUAUCUUGGAAGUGAUGAACUGUAUUUCUCAGGAAAUCGUCCUAAGAUUUUAAUAUCGUGGGAGUUGAAUAAAUCAUGUGCAAUAUCAAAGAGAGGGAACUGUUCCCAUGGUGACACAUGGAAGGUAUAUCAUCCUGGUCCAUGUGAAUAUCCUAAGAAGAUUGCAUGCAAAGUGGCUGCAGUUCCUCGUUACCACAUAAUCGAAGGUUGUCGACCAAGGCUAGUUAUCAAUCGUACAGGGCUGACUCUUAAAGAGAAACAGCUUAUCACUUAUUAUCAAGUAAUUGUAUGGCAACAUUUUGGUCCAGAACUUUCUUCAUUCUAUAUCUCUGGAAAUACAACAUUGCUGAACAUUGGAGAUAAUAAAACAUAUGUCAAGAAUGUGAACAGACCAUUCAAGAUAGGGAAACAUUAUGGUGUUCAACUGAGAGCUGUGUAUGAAGACGAGGAUGGGAGUCUUGGUUAUGGCCAUAUGCUAAACGAUUUUACAUACAACUUGCCAUCUUUCAAAGCAAUAAUAUGUCCUACAACUCAAGGUCCUACCACUAAUAUUCAAAGCACAACUCCUAAUGAGAAGGCUUCAGAUAUUGCUCCUGAAAGCAGCCAUCAACCGCUCAGAACCGGAGAGAUUGUGGGGAUUGUGAUAGGUGUGCUGUUGGUUAUUGCUAUUGUGGGUAUUGUGAUAUUUGUCUAUAAAAAUCGCAAGGUUCCUCAAGGGGCUGAAAACAUGAAACUAAAUCCUGUUCCAGAAAACCCAGAAUUGUAAUAAAUUUGCUCAUUUUAUUUAUAAUUACCAUGACUGUUACAAGUGCUUGCAAGUCUAUUGUAAUGCAAAUUUGCGGCAUUCAAAUUAAUUCUGACAGUUAUUUAUAUGAUUGCAAGGGAUCGCAAAUUGAUACUUAAAGUCAUUUUACACAAUGUCAUGGCCGCCUGAAUGACUUAGACGGCAAWGUUGACUCUUUGACUUAGACGACGACAUUGUCUGGUUUCCUAAUGGACUCAGACGGAAAAAUGACAUGAAGACAUUAAGACAAUGUCAUGGCCGCCUGGAUGACUUAGACGGCAAUGUUGACUCUUUGACUUAGACGACGACAUUGUCUGGUUUCCUAAUGGACUCAGACGGAAAAAUGACAUGAAGACAUUAAGACAAUAUAUAAUGUGAAAAUCCAAAGGCAUAACUCCAAUGAAUGCUGGUUAAAAAUGAUUUCUGAGGAAUAGGAGGUAAAUGAAUUCAUAGCAUUGUAGACAAAUUUUUUAAUUUUUAUAGGGUAUACACUCCAUGGAAUGUGUAUUGUUUUUUAUCCAAUUGUCUAAAAAGAUAAAUUUAACACUGUAAAAAAGUAGGUGAAACAAUUUACUGAUGUUCCGGACGUCAAUCCUUCAUCGGAGUAAAGAGCAACGAAUGAAGGAUUAAUGUCCGAAACGUCAGUAAGUUAUUUCACCUACUUUUUUUACGGUGUUAAAUUUAUCUUUUUACACAAUUGUUUCUUUAGAAUUUUUUAUCUGCUGGAUUAGGAUUUGUUAUUAAUAACACUAUUCACAAGUUCAUACAACUGGCUCCAGGUGUUUAUCAGUAUUACCAUACUAGUGGAAUACUGCAAGUCCUUUGUUCUGAUUGUCUAUGCUACACUGGGUCUAUUUUCAAUAGUCCUCGACUAGUGAAAACCGUCAACUUUGAUUUUUUUUUUAUUUAGAAGAGAAAUUCCUGUCAAUUCGAUGUGUUAAAGGAUCAUUUUAAGUUUUUAAUUCAAACCACCUUUCACCAGUGUGUAGUGAAUUGAUUUUUGUCAAACGAUGUUGGAGAUAAUUUAUGCAAAUUUAAUUAAAGCCAAAGCCAUAAGUGCAAACUAUUAGCAUUAAUAAAGACAUUUAGUUAUAUAUAUAAUUCCAUUCUUUUUUUUGUCCAACAAGUAUGGCAAUACUAAAACAAUUAGACCUUAUUGUAAAUACUGAUAUUGUGAAGUAGUCAAAAGGACAAAAAAUAAAAGACAGUACAUUA